GCCUGGCUAUGGGAGGAGUCCAAAUUAUCGGAAUAAAAUUAAAAAAUACACCCGCUUUAGAUAUAGUUCUGGACUUUGAAAAUAAACAAAUAAAUACGUAUUUAAUUGCAAUUCAAUAAGCAUAUAUGUAAUGGUGCUUUGGUUUCCGUUUUUCUUAAAAAAAUAAAUAAUAAUAAAAAAAAAAAAAAAAAAAAAAAAAAACCCGGGCGGGUUCUGGUUUCGCUUAUUCUUCCCUAGGCCCGAGAUGGAGCCGGGGAGCUUGCGCGAGAGCCCGGCCGGGUCAGGGGGGGCCGACGGCCAGGUAUGGAGGGAAGAGAAUCAUAGCGACAGUUCGGAGCCGCUAGAAAUCGAGAAAGAAGGGAGGCGAGAUGGAGAAGGGGACGGUGAAAAUACAGAAGCCGGGGAAAGGGAUGCAGAUGGACCGGAGGGUGAACAGGGAGCAGACGAAGAGGAAAUCGACCAGCAAGAAGAACUGGAUCCGAGAAUACAGCUGGAGCUGGAGCACUUGAAUCAGGCCAGUGAAGAAAUCAACAAUCUUGAACUGCAACUUGAUGAAGCUCGCUCCGCUUAUAGGAAGAUCCUGACAGACUCGGCACGCAAACUCAACGCUCAAGGAUCCCAGCUAGGGGCUUGUAUAGAGAAGGCAAGACCUUACUAUGAGGCCAGGAGACUGGCUAAAGAGGCCCAGCAGGAGACGCAGAAAGCAGCUCUGAGCUACGAGCGAGCCGUCAGCAUGCACAACGCCGCGCGGGAGAUGGUGUACGUGGCAGAGCAAGGGUUAAUGGCGGACCGCAAUCGCCUGGACCCCACCUGGCAAGAGAUGUUGAACCAUGCCACCUCCAAGGUGAACGAAGCGGAGGAGGAGAGGCUGCGCAGUGAAAGGGAGCACCAGAGAGUGACUCAGCUGUGCCAGCAAGCAGAGGCCAGGGUUCAGAACCUACAGAAAUCACUCAAGAGGGUCAUCAUGAAGUCCAAACCCUACUUCGAACUCAAAGCGCAGUUCAACCACAUCCUGGAGGAACACAAGUCUAAAGUGUUGGAGCUGGAGCGCAAAGUAUCCCAGGUGAAAUUGCGCUACUCUUUGGCUCUGAGGAACCUGGAACAGAUCAGCGAACAAAUCCACGCCCGCCGUCGCCGAGGCAACAGAAAAAAACGGGACUUGCCCCAACCAAUGUCCUGGGAGGGGCGGGGCUCGCCGGUGGGGGCCGAGUCAGAAGCGGCUUGUCUUCCAAUCCCAGGAGCUGGGGUGGGAGGGGCUGGUUGUGAUGUCACAAGCCCUUCCCACCCCCUAGACUCAGCUGAUAAUAUCUCUGUUCUCAGUCUGCAGACCAUCGCUUCGGAUCUGCAGAAAUUUGAUUCUGUGGAGCACCUGGGGGAGAUUCAGUGCGAUGCUUCCAGCCUGCACAGCGAUGACCUAGGCAGGGGUCAGAGGGAGGGCAGUCGGGAUCACAGAGGGCAGGAAGGCAGGUGUCAUUCUCCCACCUUCUUAAAACACCAUCGGAGCAUCAGUUUGUGAGAUAUGAAGACCUUGUUCUCUCUCUGGCUGUGUCUGAAAGAGCUGUGAAGUAUCCGAUGUAAUUUUCUUGUUCAGAUUUAUUUUGUAUUAUUUUCUGUUAAGGUUGUGGCCUUCUCGCUUCUCAGUUUAAAGCACCACUGUGGUCUCAAUAGAGCACUCAGAAUCAUAUCUAUCCUCCAAGUAUAUCUGGUACACCAGUGUGUAACCAUUAAUCUGUCCCCCUGAAACUCUGCCCCUGGUGGGUGUAAUAAAUACAACAUGUGUGUGAUUCUAGUUUUAGUAUGUGACGCUUCUUUUUAUGACAUUUUUGCUACAGGGGGAACGGGUUUAAUGGUUACACUCUGAAGAUUCGAUUUCAGAGAGCUGUCUUGCGGACACAGGGUCCAUUUUAAAGAGUCAUCAGGAUUUGAUGAGUGCAACAAAAUAUAAUACAGAGCAAAUCUAAACAAGAAUAUCAUUACAUUAGUUAAGAUUCCAGUGAUCUCAUUGCUAGUGCUAAUAACAGGUAAGGAGUUUAAAAAUAAGACAUUUCAAUCUCGUACAUGAACAUGAACUGUCAGUUCAAUUCAUGUGUAUGUGGUUUUUGUUUGGGAGACAAUAGCGUGCGCUCACUCGGUAGGUGCUUCCUUCCUUGUAUAUCCAAGACUGCACAGAUUUGUGUUUCAAAAGAAAAUGGAUCCGACUUGAAACUAUCUAGACAGUAUGCAAUUCUGUAUUGGAGAACAAACUUGGCUGCAAAGUCCCACCCCAGUGCAG